AUGUUGACACCGAAUAAUAACGCUGUUGCUCUUCUAGCUUCUGCGCUGCUUGCUGCUGCUGCUGCUCAGGUGACAGCGCGGCCAAGCAUUCUUCUCUACACAAAGACGGCAGGUUACCGACACGAGUCGAUCCCCAUCGCCAUCCGCACCAUCACCUCGCUCGGAAACGGUUCUCUCACUCUGCCUUCCUCUGCCAUCGACCCGUCCGUCUCUGCGCUCCGAUGGAAUACCGUCAAUACCGAAGACGAGACGCAGUUCCACAACUUGACCUUCAUCUCCCAGUUUGACGCCAUCGGAUUCGUCAGCACUACCGACCAGGAUCCUCCUUUGACUGGCACCGUUCUGGACGACCAAGGCAUACGCAACUUUGCCCGCUACAUCCAACAAGGAGGUAACUUUUUCGGGAUCCACUCUGCUUCCGCCACCUUAUUUGGCGCUCCCUUCUACGGUCGACUCGUAGGCGCCUACUUUGACUACCAUCCUCAAAUCCAGAAUGUCACCUUCAAAGCACUCAGUAGCUCCCACCCGUCGACCUCCCGAUGGCCCUCACACGGUCUUCGCCUCUAUGAAGAGGUCUACAACUUCCGCUCCGAUCCUAGAAAUCUACCCUCGCCAGCUAACUUGCUCGUGACCAAUGCUUCGAGAUACGAGGACACUCACGUCAACGCGCAAGGUUUCAGAAACGGCACCAAUGGUCCACCGCCUCUUCCACUCGCUUGGUGGAGGCAGGGCAGACUACUUGACACCAACCCUUCCACCGAUGCAAGCGUCAGCGGAGAAGGUGGUGCCCACAUACAGGCAUCCGGAGGUUCUGGCAGGUCGUGGUAUACCAGCUUGGGUCACGGCAGCUCGACGUGGCAGCUCGAUCUCUUUCGUGGCCACAUCGCUGGUGGCAUCGGCUGGGUGCUCGGAUCGUCCUCCUCGGCCUCUACCCAGAGCAACAGUUCCUCAAGCUCCACUUCCAGCAGCAUGACUUCGAGCAGCACCUCGGCUCCAUCUGCCAAGAACAGCGCCAUUCAGCAGCUUCCACUGCUCAAUGUGCUCCCAUCUAUUGUAUUCGUAUCCUUCGUCGCUUUGCUUUUGAGCUUCACACCCACUGUACUAUAA